AUGGAGUCCAUCGCGCGGAUAUCCAGUCUGCUCGAGAGCGCUCGAGAGCUCACACUCGAUGCUGCCUCCGCUACGCGUAGCUCCCGCAGCACCGGUCGUCCUCUCGACCGUACGCAGAUUAAGAAGCUGUUGGACAGUCGAAAUGACCGCGAGGUGCUGGACGGCCUGCGCCGCGUCCUCUCGAUGAUGUACCGCGGCCAGAAGACGUUGCCCUUCUUCUCAUCUGUCGUCAAGAAUGUUGCAUCCCCCAAUAUAGAGAUCAAGAAGCUUGUCUACAUCUACCUCAUUCACCAUGCCGAGCAGGAGCCCGACCUCGCCCUCCUUUCCAUCAAUACCAUCCAGAAAUCCCUCUCCGACACGAACCCUCAAGUCCGCGCUCUUGCACUCAAGACCAUGUCAGGUAUCCGAGUUCCCGUUAUUAGCCAAAUCGUAUCCCUCGCAAUCAAGAAGGGUGUGGCAGAUAUGAGUCCCUACGUGCGCCGAGCUGCCGCUCUCUCGAUCCCCAAAUGCUACCGCCUCGACCCCACGCAGCUGCCGCAGCUGCUCGAAUACCUCACCGCUCUCAUUGGAGACAAGCAGUACUUCGUCGCCGGUGCGGCUGUUUCGGCUUUUCUGGAAGUGUGCCCAGACCGCAUCGACAUGAUACAUCCGCAUUACCGGGCAUUGGUUAAGAAGGUCGUGGAUAUGGACGAGUGGAGUCAGUUGGCUACGCUGCGAAUGAUGACAUACUACACGAGGAAGUGUUUCCCGAGACGGACGCACAGCGUCAAGGGCCAGGAAAAGACGGCCGACCUCGGUGACUUUUACGCAGAAAAUGCGCAGCAAGGGGGCGAGGAGCAGCAAGUUAUCGCGGUGGACCCGGACUUGGCUCUGCUGCUCAACGGCAUCAAACCCCUGCUGCAGAGUCGUAACUCAGCCGUCGUGAUUGCGGUCACGAGAUGCUACGUCGAAAUUGGAACGCCGGAAUACGUCAAGAUUGCCAUAGGCCCUCUUGUGGCACUACUCAGGGGGCCGCAAGACAUCCAGCAAGUUGCACUCUACAACAUCGUCUCAGUUUGCUUGACGAGACCCACAGACUUUGUCAAAUACGCCAGCCACUUCCUUGUCAGAGCUACAGACCCUACGCAAGUGUGGGAGUUGAAGUUGGAGAUCCUGACGCUCAUCUUUCCUCACGCGCCCCCUCACAUCAAGAGCCUGAUUCUGCACGAGUUGGAACACUUUUCCGGUUCGACGAACAAGGCGCUCGUAAGGGAAGCGGUGCGUGCCAUUGGACGAUGCGCCCAGACAGACUCGUCAACAGCACCGAGGUGUCUUCGGCUGCUGCUGGGGCAAAUCACGAGUCUUGACGGAACGUUGGCGGCUGAGUCACUGACAGUCAUCCGACACCUGAUCCAGCAAGAUCCGCAAGGGCACGUCUGCACGGUCGUACGCCUCGCUAAAAACCUGGACUCUGCAACGGAUCCUCACGCAAGGGCAACCAUCAUCUGGCUGGUGGGCGAGUUCUCGGGUCUCGAGGGCGAAGACAAUAUCGCAGCAGAUGUGCUGCGAAUACUCCUGAAGGACUUUGCGAAUGAGGCAGAGGUGGCAAAGGGGCAGAUCCUCCUUCUUGCUGCCAAGGUGUACCUGCACCACGUGAACCGCCAGAGCGAAGACAAGGGCGAAGACGAAGCAGCGGUGCCCAACCAAGAUGACCAUCCCGUCGCAAAGCUUUGGGACUACGCCUUGCUGCUGGUCCGCUACGACACGUCAUAUGACCUUCGCGACCGAGCCCGCAUGUACCGAGCUCUCCUUUCUGUGCCCCAGCUGGCCACGUUGAUGUUGUUGGCACCGAAGCCCGCGCCGCAGGCUCCCAGCCCUUCAGAGAUUCGCAAGGGUUUCAUGCUCGGUUCUUCGACGCUUGUAUUGGCGGGCGGAGGUGGCAUCCACGGUCUGCGUGGCUAUGAGGGUCUUCCCGACUGGGUAGCGGAGGGCUCGGAGCCGGACCGACGUCUGCGAGAAACAGAGACACCUUCGGCUUACGGCGGGGAGAAGAGCGUGCCGGCCAGUCAAAUGCUCGACAAUGCGGUCAAGGCUGCACCGACGAAAACUAACGGUCUGGGCGCUGCUGCUGUUGGUGCUGGCGUCGGCGUCAAGACGCUCGAUGAUUGGCUUGCAGAGGAAGAAAUAGAGGAGCAACAAGAAGCAUUCAAAAUGGAUGGAGAAGACGAAGAGGAGUCCGAAGACGAGACCGAUGAGGGGGAUGACGAUGACGAGGAGGAGGAGGAGGAGGAGGAAGAAGAAGAAGAAGAAGAUGAUGAUGAUGAUGAGGAAGAGAGCAGCGACGACAAUAGCGAGUAA